AUCAAAACUCAAUUCUCAAAUCUCAGUAUAAAAUAUGAGCUAUUAAUACCGUAAUCAAUUUACACCUUUUUAUUGUAUUUAUUUAUGGUUAUUUAUUUAAUAUUCAAGACGGUGUACAGUAAUUAUUAACACUCAAUUAUACAAAGCCCUCGUCGAAAUAAAAUAUAGUGCUUUUGAGGAAAAACAUGUCUCAUCAGACUGGAAUUCAAGCAAAUGCCCAACUACAAAAAUAUUUUAGUAAAUGUAGAGAGGGAAAAAUAAGACUCUUGAAAGUUAGCAUUGAGGAUGAACAACUAACAUUGUCAACGCACCAACCAGUAAAAGGGACUUGGGAGCAGGAUUUUGAUAAAUAUGUACCACCUCUGAUUGUUGAAGAUCUGCCCUGUUACAUACUUUAUAGGUUUGACUCAACAAAUUCUCUAGGAUAUGAAUGGUUACUACUCAGUUGGUCACCUGAUAGUGCUCUAGUCAGACAUAAAAUGUUAUAUGCCUCCACAAAGGCCACAUUGAAGCAGGAAUUUGGGUCUUCACACAUUAAAGAUGAAAUGCAUGCUACAGUAAAGGAUGAGGUAUGCCUCAAAGGUUACAAAGCACAUGUGAGUGGUGUGAAUGCUCCCGCACCUCUUACAGACAGAGAAGAGGCUUUAAAAGAAUUGAACGAGAGUGGACAAGGCCCUAACUAUGGCACGGAUGCAAGACAGUCAACUAUGGGUGGUAUUGCUUUCCCAAUAACUGAGUCAGCCAAGCAGGGUAUCAUUGAUCUCCAACGAGGUUCCUACAAUUAUUUACAAUUUAAGAUAGAUUUAGAAGAUGAAAAGAUUUGUUUAGCGAAAGCGGCAAAUAUUAGUUUGCCAGAGCUCCCUUCACAAGUGCCAAGUGAAGAGGCAAGAUACCAUCUAUACAUAUUCAAACAUACACACGAAGGAGAUCCACUUGAUAGCAUAGUAUUCAUCUACUCCAUGCCGGGCUACACUUGUAGUAUAAAGGAGAGAAUGAUGUAUUCCAGUUGUAAAGGAAACUUUCUUGAUCUUAUUGAAUCUAUGGGAGUACUGGUUUCUAGGCGUGUGGGUAUUGAUGAAGGGAAGGAACUAACAGAAGAAUUUCUAUAUGACGAAAUUCAUCCGAAAGUAAAUUUGCACAGACCAGCAUUUGCUAAGCCAAAGGGCCCGCCCAACAGAGGAGCCAAACGAAUCACAAAAGCUCAAUCAACGCAAUAACUCAAAACCUGCUCGUUGGCCCGAUUAAAAUGCGAUAUGGAAGUAUUUAUACGCGAGAUCUAUAUUUUUACGUCAAUUUGCCGUGACCCAUAAAUCUACUUCAAGUUUUAUUGAUAGUUAACACCCAGAUAUUACAAAUAAAAAUCUGACAUGUUUUUUUAUAGUAUUGCCAUUGAAAAAAUUCCUUCUCGAUAUCGGCUUGUGUUGAAAAAAAAUUUACUAUUCAAUGUUAGGAAGUGAAAUAAAAAGAUCGUAAUGUCAGGAUGGCGUAAUGACACUUAAAUAAUAAUAAACAAAAAAUAUUUAUUUAAUUAAUUUCCUGCAGUUGGUCACACGUUCGGAUAUCAACUUCGGCGUAACCUUGAUUUAUGGUUACACAAAUAACAUAAAAAAUGUAGAGGAAGAAUAAUUUUUGUUUGUCAAACAUUUAUUACGUAAUUAAAAUGCCAAACAAUUCUUAGAAAAGUAUUAAAUAUAUUUACCGUUCCGGCGCAUUCGAAGCUUAAAAUUGAUAGUUUUUUAUUUAAAUAAUAUAUUUGUGACAUCUGAAAUUGCCUAUACUAUCCUAUUGAGUAUAUAUUCACAUAGAUAAUACACUCAAUUGAUUUUUUUUUCAAAUAGCAAGACUAGUUAAAAUGUUUCUAUAUUUAAAAGAGGAUAUUUUUUUUUAUUUCCAAACCAUCAAACACUUCAGUUCACUCUUAUAGACAAUGUUUAAGACCUGAAAUACAUAGGAAUGGCUGUAUAUGUAUCAUACUCAAGUAACAUAAUGCUUGCUAUCAAAAUAUGUAGAAUUCAUGUUGAUAUUAUGGUAAACUUCUAGAAGUCUGGUAUUUUUGAAAACUUCUUAAAUUAUAAUACACAUUUAAAUCAAUUUCAAAUUGUAUUUUUGUAUUUUAAAUGAAAAUUGUAGUCUUCCCUUUGUAUACUAAGUUUAAAUUUAUGAAAGUCGGCACAAAAUUAGAUCAAAUUGUUCUUGAAAACUUCAGUGUAAUGUAAGCAAUAAGUACAGUAUUAAUGGUAAGGAUUUAUUUGUGUAGAUUUGUGCAAUAUAAUAUAUGGUUGAUCUUGUCAUAUAAGAUUAUUAAGCUAUUUUUAGAAUUUAUAGCUUCUUAUUCAUAUUCUUGCCAGUUAUUAGGGCCAGACUAAUAUAUUUUUGGCAUUUUUAUGAUUAAUAUAUAAUAAAUAUAAAGAAACUUAUACAUUUAUGUAAAAUAUUCAAAUUUUUUUUUCAGUCCUUAGCCCUUAUAUAGUAGUAU